UCUUUUCCGUUUCCUUGUAAAUUCAUUUUCAUCCUCACAUCAUAUUCUCUUCCUUCCUAACCACUUCAUCUUCUGUCCCUUCGACCUUUCUUUCCUUCCGUCUUUUCUCUCCUCUCUGUCAUCCCCACUUCAUUUCAUUUUCCAUUUUCCCUUUUCCAAUCUUCACUCUACAUUCUCUCCUUUCUCUCUGUCUCAGGUGAGAAGUUGUCGGAGUUUCAUUGAUCUUGUCGCCGGCGUCGGAGAGAGGUGUGUUGUGGUUGUCGGUGGUGUCAGAGGUGCUGUACAUCCUUCUGCUGAUGGUCGGCUUCAGUCUCAUGUGUUUGGAGCUUUUCCAUUCCAGCAACGUCAUCGAUGGACUUAAACUCAACGCCUUUGCUGCUGUCUUCACCGUGCUGUCUGGUCUUUUAGGCAUGGUGGCACACAUGAUGUACACUCAGGUGUUCCAGAUCACUGUAAGUCUUGGUCCUGAAGACUGGAGGCCUCACAGCUGGGACUACGGCUGGUCCUUCUGCAUGGCGUGGGGUUCGUUCACUUGCUGCAUGGCUGCCUCCGUCACCACCCUCAACUCCUACACCAAGACCGUGAUCGAGUUCCGCCACAAACCCAAGUUGUUCGAACAGGGCCUCCGUGAGGAGAACUACCUGGACCAGGAGGCUUUUCACUACUUCCGAGACCGCUCUCUCCAGUUCAUCUCCAGCACUGUGGAGGUCUACCCUGGACAUGCAGAUGGGAGCAUCCCCGGGGCUGGUGGCAACAGAGCUGGACUUGUUGUGGGUGGCAUUGGUCCCGGACCUGGUCCUGGUUGUGGUCCUGAAAAAGGAACCAUCAGACCCACAUCCACAUCCAUGGAUGUUGGGGAGAACACAGACUCAUUGGGAGAAGAGCAGUGCUGAGAAGAGGGGUGAGAUAACCAGAGCAACAGGAAGGCAGUUUGGGAUUGGAUGGGAGAGGUCACAUCAUGAGGUCUGAACCCAGCCACAGGUUCUGUAACCCAAAUAGAAGAGUACCACAGCAGCACAUUGUUUUGUGUUUGAAGGACAUGACCAGAGGAGGCAUCUGUCACAUCAACAAAAGUAACUUUCGAAAAAGAAAUACUGCUACUGUGUAUGAAGUGUGGAAAAACAGGAUUCACACAUUUGUGAUAGAUUCCUUUUAGUAAGAAGCUUCUCUAACAUAUCUCCAGGUGCUAUAUGUAGUAUUUUAAUCAGUAUAUGUCAGCUAUAAGACUUUAAUAAUUAUCACGUUGAACAAACGGACCAUUAUCAAAGAACCUUUACACACCACAAAUAGACUGCAUCAUCUUUCUUUUUUUUAAAUCAGUAUUCAGCUUUUUUAAACAACAAAUAAUUUAAUGACUCCACUCAGGCAUCAGUCACAGCAAAUACUGAUCAAAUUCCCCUAUAAUGCUUCCAUCAAUGCCCACUGUUUUGUUUGUAUCUUCACAAAACUAUUUAGGUUUUGGUGGCAUCAGUAG